UGGCUGACACACCUCUGUCGAGAAUCAAAUACAAUGCUGAUAGGGAUAAAAAACGUAAAACACAACCCGAACCUCGUAGCCACCUUUCCAAAAUCUAAACCUUCGCACCACUAUAAAGCAAAAGAGUGAUACACUUAACUAUAGGAUAUCGAAUAGUAGUGACGUAAAUCUCAACAAUCCGAGUCAGUUUAGCUUGCUUGGUAGGCCACCUCCACCUAUUUACAUGCCCAUACUCAGCGGGACUGACCAUCCAGCGAUCAGCACUUUUGCUGAAACGACAUUACCAUUUUUUAUUCAGGUUCACAACAUGACCUCAAACAUACUACAAAUGCUCACCAUUCUCCACAGGUUUCGUCCUCCAAUAUAGAUAUGAAAGCUCAUACAGCAAUACCUAAUUACUGCCUAGAGCUCACCUCACAUGACUCAGACAAUUCUCUUCUUCGUCAAAAACCCUCUAUAUCCUUUUCUUCUGAUAGCCAAUCUUCUUUACGUCCGAACUUACUUGAACACGGAAAUAUAACUGACUCUUUUUGCACUUCUAGCUUUCCUAGGGCAUCUACAGACAUAGAUAUUUCAUUGUCGUCUGAGGACACUAUGAUUGAAUCUCAUCACAAGCUACUUCAAGACAUGGCUAAAAUCUUAAGAUAUGACUCGUCUAAUCCUAACAUAGUCCUUAUUAAUGCCAGGUCAGCUGUAAAAAAAAUGGCAUACAUCCAAUUCCUACUACUGAUUAGACAACCUACAGCACUAAUGAUCACUGAAGCUUGGUGCACAAGUGAAAUAAAUGAUGAUUUCUUUCACUGCGAAGGCUACUCAUUUUUCAGGAAGAACAGAUCAGUCGGGCGGGGUGGAGGAUGCAUUAUCUAUGUUAAAUCUGACUGCAGAGCUGUGCACUAUGGUGACCCCAACCUGGAUAUAUGCGAUACAUUAUGGGUGACACUCUACAUAAAUAAACAGCAAACCCUACUAUUAGGUUUCAUGGGAGCCCAUCAGUGCUCCUCCCCGCUACAGCAAAUUCUUAGAUGCAGUUGAUUAUGUGGGUGGACACAAAGUAUUCUAAGGCCCACCCGAAACCAAAAUAUACUGGACUUGGUUUUCUUGAAAGACAUCGCCUUAUCUACCAUAGACAUCAGCCGACCAUUCCCUGGUAGUGACCACAACACAGUAAUCUGCGCCCUUGAUACCAAGCUCCACUCAUCAAAACGCUCUACCCUGCGCAAGACAUUCAUGUGCUUCGGAAAAGCUAGGUGGGACGUAUCUAACUCCUUCAUUAGAAGCUUAGACUGGGAUCUUUUCUUUUCUAAUAGCAACCUAGACACUAUCCUACUAGCCUUUUACCAGAAUGUAUCUAUUUGCUUUGAUAAUCUUGUUCCUAAAUGUAAAGAAAACCCAAGAGAAAACAUAAAGAAUUUCAUUCCUAUAAAAGUAAAGGCUAAGCUGCGAAAGCUGUACCGACAGUACCACAGAGA